GUCGUCUCCCAUUUAUAGUUUUAUAGGCCGCUGAGUUCGGUCGAUUCGUGAAUGACCGACCAAUUCUGCUGCUUCUUCCAAAUCGGAUUAAUUGAUGAAUCGAGUCGGUGCGGAUCGCCCUCCGCCGCGGCGGCAGCAUCGGCUUCCUGGUGCCUAAAUCUGGGCGGUUGCUUUUGAUGCUAUGAAUGAAACCGCUGCCCUGGAGCGGCUUGAAUGGUUCUGUGGCCUUUCCGCCUUAUUGCUGACAAGCUGGUGAAGAUGAUCGGAGGAAGGGCGGCACGCCAUAAUGCUGGUGGUGAUGAGGAGGAGGUGGAGGCGAACGAAGGCCGUCUUUUCUCCUUCCGUUUUGAUCGUCCCGUCUCUUGUCGCUCUCGCUUCGUGGAUGUCCCUCAUGUGCGGCAGCGAUUCGAUUGGGACUGCGGCCUCGCCUGCGUGUUGAUGGUCUUGAGGACCAUAGGGUUGGAGCAGUACGACAUCCACGACCUCGAGAAGCUUUGCCGCACCACAAGCAUUUGGACUGUUGAUCUAGCAUACUUGUUGCAUAAGUUUUCUGUGGACUUCUCUUUCUUGACUGUCACUUUAGGUGCAAAUCCAGAUUAUUCAGCUGAAUCCUACUAUAGGGAACAACUGCAAGAUGACAUAGGAAGAGUAGACGGACUUUUUGAAAAAGCACUUGAAGCUGGAAUUAGCAUACAAUGCAGAUCCAUCAGUGCAAAAGAUAUUUCUUGGCUAAUACUAUCAGGCCAAUGUGUUGCUGUUGCUUUAGUUAACAAGAUCAAGUUAAGUCAAUCCUUGACAAAAGAUGCUCCUGUUGCUGAGUGCUAUAUGAGCAACACAGAUUAUAUGGGGCAUUAUGUUGUAAUAUGUGGCUACGAUGGAGAUAACGGUGAAUUUGAAAUAAGAGAUCCUGCCAGUUCUAGGAAAUAUGAGAAAGUUUCCAUGAAGUGCCUGGAUGAAGCGCGGAAAUCAUAUGGCACCGACGAAGAUAUUCUAUUGGUAAAAUAUUCUUUCUAUUGCUAUCACAUGAGAAUCAAUUUUGCUUGUACCAUGUUGUCCUUGAGAUGCCUUGUGAUAUAUUCGCAAAGCAUGCUUCUUUCUCAGUUAUUUCUUAUGAUCACUUUUUGAGUCUCGAGACGCGUCACUUGUUUUGGAAUAUGGGUUAGUGUUCUUUGUGUCAAAGUUGUUAGCUAAAGUUGUCGAUUUUGCAUGGUCUACGAGAAGAUUCUUGAAAUAAAAUUGGUCCCAAAAAUCAGAAGGGCACCUUUUUCUGCUAAACAAACAGAUAAAUUGCAUGAUUUUGGCAUACAAUGACUUAUACUCUGCGUCAUGGGUUUGGUGUUUGCUGUUACAUACAUAACAGAGUUACCAAUCGAGCAAUUGGUUAAAUCGGUAAUGACAAACUUUGGAUCUUAGUAUUGGGGUCUGUAUUUUCUUUUCCUUGUGGUCGAUCAAUGCUUUCAAUAUGAACUAUUUCUUAACAUACUGCUACUAGGAACCCGCACUGGAAAUCGCAUGCUUGUCGAGCUAUUGGAGUUGCUUGUGAAACUGAGAUUUUAUUCUGUAGAUCCUAAACCAAGGGAACAGAUUUGCACUCCUUGUUUCCUCUUUCCAUACCUUGGUUUUUCUCCC